CUUGCUCGUCGCGGAUUUUCCUGGUGAUACGUUAUGUUUCUUAUAAAUCCAUUAUAUUAAAGCAACUUUGAUGUGUGUUUGUUUAUGUUAGGAAUAUGGAUGGGGUAUUAUAUUAUAAUUCAAGAUUUUGAGAACCGUUGCAUUACUGUGUUACUUGUAUCAAAACACUAGAAGAACUAAAUCAGCGAUGUGGAUUCGAUCAAUUUUAAAAUUUAAUUUCAAAACUGCUGGCCUUCGGCAUUGUUACUCGGAUGUUCGAGUUAGAUUUGCUCCUAGCCCUACAGGUUGCAUGCAUCUAGGAGGUCUGCGAACAGCUUUUUAUAAUUAUUUAUUUGCCAAAAAGAACAAGGGCAAAUUUAUUUUGCGAAUAGAAGAUACUGAUCAGAAACGUGUAAAGGCAGAAUCUAUUUCAAACUUUCACUCAGUAUUGCAAUGGACAGGACUCAUUCCAGAUGAAGGUCCUGACGUUGGAGGUUCAUUUGGCCCUUAUAUUCAGUCUGAAAGAUUGAAGUUAUAUCAAGAAAACGCUGAAAUUUUAGUUAAGUCUGGUUCCGCAUAUAGAUGUUUUUGUUCUGAAACAAGAUUGGAACUUCUGAGAAAAGAAUCUAUGCGCAAUCGUCAAAACAGAGGGUAUGAUAACAAAUGCAGACAUCUUACAGCAUCUGAAAUAGAAGAUUUAAUGUCCAAGAAUGCUUCUUUCACUAUUCGCUUUCGAAUUCCUGACAAGUCUAUUUCACAUGACGAUUUGAUUUUUGGAAAUUACACUUACAAUGUUGCUGAAAAUGAAGGUGACUUUAUAAUUCUGAAAAGUGAUGGCUUCCCUACAUACCAUUUUGCUUGUGUAAUUGAUGAUCAUGCAAUGAGAAUAAGCCAUGUUCUCCGAGGAAUGGAAUGGUUGAUAUCUACACCAAAACACAUCAUGAUGUUCCACACUUUUGGCUGGAACCCUCCAAAAUAUGCUCACUUGCCUCUUCUAGUCAACAGUGAUCGCACCAAAUUAUCGAAGCGGCAAGAAUCAGUAAGCAUUGAAUAUUUUAAAGAAAAGGGCUAUUUUCCAGAGGCAUUGCUUAACUUUCUUGCUGUUGCUGGUGGUGGCUUUGGAAAGCAAGAGGGAUGCAUAGUAUAUGAUUUGGAUACAUUGUGCUCAAAGUUUGAUGUAGAAAGCAUGAAUACUAAUUCUUGUAUUGUGGACUUGAGAAAAUUGGACUUAUUCAACCACAAUUAUUUAGCAAAACAACUUGAGAACCACCAUUCAGUGAAUGCUUUAAUUCAAUGGCUACGAACAGCCCUUAGGGACAAGUAUGGUAAAAGGUAUGAAGGGGAAGAAAGCAACAUAUCAGAUGCUUACAUCAAAAAAAUUUUAUUAUGUCACAAAGACAGAAUAAACAAUCUACUAGAAUUAAUGAGUGAUGAUAUGGAAUAUUUGUGGACCCAAAGAAAUGUAGAUAGUGUAAUAUCAACUCUUUCUGAACUGAAAGUAAAAGAUACAGCUUUACAAGCUUUGCCUUCUGUUGCUGAAUCUUUAUCAAAUGUGUCUGAAACAGAGUUUAAUGAAGAAAACACUGUAUUGCUUGUGAAAGAUGUUAGCAAGCAGUUGAAAGUUCCUUAUGCACAUCUUAUGAGAGCUUUAAGAAUAGUAUUAACUGGCAAAAAGGAUGGGCCUGGAGUUGGCGAAAUAUUAUUUAUGCUUGGGAAAGAAAGAAGUUUGGAAAAAAUUGAAUCUGUUGUACUGUUUUCAAAAGCAAUACUCAAAGAAAAUAAAGCAUUUUCUUAAUAUUUUAUCUUCUACCUAA